UUGUUUUGGUAGUAGGAGUUGGAUAAGAGACGAACAGGCAAGGCUCAGGGGUCCGUGCGGGCGAGGACCCGCUCACUAAAUGGGGAGAGCCAUAUCGGGGAUGGAUGAUGACGGACCGAUAGCUGACGUUUGUAAAAUGCCGAGUUUCAUCGGCAGCUUCGAGGAGGGGAGGGUGAAAUUGUCCCGCAACCUGCCGACGGAAACUUCCUUCACUGACGGCAAAGUUGAACGGCCGGUCAGAGAUUUGAGCCGUGGUGUCAGCAGGUCAAACUCCCGGGUGUCUCUGGACGGAGGUGAGGGGCGCGCGGAGGAGAGGAGCGGUGAGGAUGAGAAGGAUGCGAAGGGCAACAACAACAACAACUGCAACGGCGGAGGAGGAGAGAGGAGGAGGGCGAGCGCUGUCGAGAUUUUGAGGAGGAAUUUCGGGGUUUCUAAAUCUCCCUCUUUUCGUCUAAACACAAACAGUCGGAUGCAGCGCGGCGCCGAGAAUGACGAUCCAGAAGGAGGCGUUAAUACAGACGUUAAAAACGGUUAUGAAAGCGAAUGUAACGGCUGUAAAAAGUCGGCGUUUGAAACGGGCGGCGCUGGGACAGAAAACGAGCCAACCCUGAGUGACUUGACGACUGUGGACGUGCAAGGAGUUGAAUUUGUUUCUGGUACAGAUCAGUACAGGCACAGCGAAAGAAGCACGGUCAAUGUAAAUGAUUCGUAUAAUGACAAAGAACACAUCUACUGCACUGUUUAUUGUAUCGCUGAUGACAAACACCGGAGAGACGUUGAAAUCACGGACGAUGAAACAGUCACAUCUGAUGCACCAGAAACAGACUCAGAUACAGGACAGGGCAUGGGCUCAAAUACCGAACCGGUGCUAUACACAGUGGACGACCUGGUGGAUCCAUUCGGGGAUAUUGCCCACCACCGUCUGUCUACGGUGGUGGCCGGUACAGAGGCCACAUUGCAGAGCUGCCGGGUGUGCCUGGAAGGUAAAUCCAUCGCACCCAUGCCCUGCUGCAGGAAGGCCGUAUGUGAUGAGUGUCUGAAGCUCUACGUCAGCUCCCAGGUGCGAAUAGCCAAAUCAUACAUCAGCUGUCCAAUCCCAGAGUGCAGCGGCUACCUGGAGGAGGGAGUGGUGGUUUCUCAUUUAACCCCUGAAGAUCUAGCAAAGUAUCGAUACUUUUUGGAGCUGAGUCAGCUGGACUCCAGCACCAAACCCUGCCCCCAGUGCAGCCAGUUCACCUCUCUGAAGGAACACAGCCACAACCGCUCAGAGCACAAGUACAAGAUCCAGUGUAGCAAUUGCCAGUUUGUGUGGUGCUUUAAGUGCCAUGCACCCUGGCAUAAUGGGUUAAAAUGCCGCGAGUACAGGAAAGGAGACAAGCUGCUACGAAACUGGGCGAGUGUGAUAGAGCAUGGACAAAGAAAUGCUCAGAAAUGUCCACAGUGCAAGAUCCAUAUCCAGCGUACAGAGGGAUGUGACCAUAUGACAUGCGCACAGUGCAACACUAACUUUUGUUACCGCUGUGGAGAGCGCUACAGACACCUAAGAUUUUUUGGUGACCAUACAUCCAACCUCAGUGUGUUUGGAUGCAAGUUCCGCUAUCUACCUGAUAAACCUCAUCUGAGACGCCUAAUAAGAGGAUCUGUAUGCGCCACUAAGGUGCUGAUAGCUCCAGUGGUCAUCCUGCUGGUCGUGGUGCUCGGAGCGCUCGCACUGGUCAUAGGUUUGGUUGUUUUUCCGGUCUACUAUGUGUGUAAGAGACGGAAGAAGCAGCGCACUCAGGGCUCAGGGCGCUGGAUCUGAAACCUGCCCUGCACUUAACACACAAACACACACAGCUG